CCACAAAGAGAGAAUAGAUCUUAGCAAUCUAUGCAACAACCCCACUAUCCCUAUAAUCCUUCAUUUCCAAUUCAAGCAUAUGACGGCAAUUGCAAUUUGCUCAUUACCCCGAUUCUGCAAGACAAAGCGAUAAAAGGGGUUUUUUAAAAAAAUUAUUAUGUUCCUUUUCGAAAUUAAGCUUCGCCCACGAGAAUUUCCGGUCUUCAGUUGAAGGAAAGAAAGGAAUAUUGAGACAAAAAGCCGCAAUUUUCUUUUCUUUUUUUAAUUUAAUUUGAGGUGCAUAGACAGGAAAAAUAAAAUAAAAUUGAAUCGUGGGUUUUGUCUUGUCGGGGAUGAAUCUCAGACAGGAAGCCAAAGGAACUGACGCAAGAUCAACGGUUUUGAGCUGGUCAGCUGGUCCCGCGCUUUUCUUCGGCUUCAAUUCGAUCAUGCGCCGGCGCCGGGGCCUCCUAUAAAAUGGGGAAGAUCUCUUGUGGCUGCUUCACUGAUCUCUUCUCGAAGAACUCCCACCGGAAGCACGACGAGGGUCCCAGAAGAGCGAACAUGGAGAACACUCAGAAGAGCAAUGCCGUCGAAAUAUCCGAGAAUGUUAAUGCUACCGCUACCAGUUCAAGUGCUACUAGUCCCAUCAACAUCGUAAAGAACCAUGAUUUCUCUCAAGGACUGCACUCCUGGCACCCCAACUGCUGCGAAAGCUUUGUAGUCUCGGCAGAUGCAAAUGCGAUUGAGUCGGACGGGUAUUAUGCUGUGGUCACGAAUCGAAGGGAAUGUUGGCAGGGCUUGGAACAGGACAUCACGGACAGAGUGUUCCCGGGUUCGAUUUACUCAGUAUCUGCUUGUGUUGGAGUUUCGGGACACGUUCAGUGGCCCAGUGAUGUCCUGGCAACCCUGAAGCUGGAGUACCCAGAUUCUGCCACUUCCUAUCUAUUCAUUGGAAAGACUGCUGUGUCAGAAAAGAGAUGGGAAAUUCUGGAGGGCAAUUUCUCACUGUCAACUACGCCGAAACGCGUUGUGUUUUACCUUGAAGGUCCUUCUCCUGGUAUAGAUUUGCUCAUAAAAUCAGUGGUGAUAAGCUGUUCGAGUAAUCCUAGUGGGUGCGGGGGACCUAGCACAAGAAGGGUAUCUGCUGGAGACGAGAACAUCAUCCUUAACCCGACAUUUGAUGAUGGACUCAACAACUGGGCGGGAAGAGGAUGCAAGCUCAUCGUACACGAGUCCAUGGCUGAUGGGAAGAUCGUCCCAAUGGCAGGGAAGUACUUUGCUCAUGCGACGGAAAGGACACAGACUUGGAAUGGAAUUCAGCAAGAGAUUACUGGGAGGGUUCAAAGAAAGCUUGCUUAUGAAGUUUCUGCCGUGGUUCGGAUUUACGGCAGCAAUGUCAGCAACAGCGAUCUUAGAAUAACACUGUGGACCCAAACAUCCAAUUCUCGUGAACAAUACAUAGGCGUAGCAUACGUGCAGGCCACUGAUAAGGACUGGACACAGCUACAGGGGAAGUUUCUGCUGAAUAAUUCCCCAUCAAAAGUUGUCAUUUACAUCGAAGGUCCACCUGCAGGAACUGAUAUUCUCGUGAAUAGCCUGAUAGUAAAGCACGCGGAGAAGACUCCUCCUUCACCUGCUCCUGUUAUCGACAAUACUGCUUUUGGAGUUAAUAUAAUCGAGAAUAGCAACCUAAGUGAUGGGAAUAAUGGGUGGUUCUCUCUUGGAAACUGCACAUUGAACGUCAAAGACGGUUCUCCACGUAUCCUUCCCCCAGUGGCCAGAGACACUCUUGGGGCCCAGGUGCCUCUGAGUGGCAAAUACAUCCUUGCAGCGAAUCGUACACAGAACUGGAUGGGCCCUGCUCAGAUGAUCACCGACAAAAUCAAGCUCUUCUUGACUUAUCAGGUGUCUGCUUGGGUUAAGAUCGGUUCCACUCCAAGUGGACCUCAGAACGUUAAUGUCGCUCUUGGUGUGGAUAACCAGUGGGUAAAUGGAGGGCAGGUCGAGGUUAGUGAUGACAGGUGGCAUGAGAUCAGUGGAUCAUUUAGGAUCGAGAAGCAGCCCUCCAAGGUUAUGGUAUAUAUACAAGGUCCUGCUCCAGGUGUGGACUUGAUGAUUGGUGGGCUUCAGGUCUUCGCUGUUGAUCGAGAUGCAAGGUUUAGACAUCUGAGAAGGCAAACAGAUAAGAUCCGUAAGCGUGAUGUUGUGCUCAAGUUCUCGGGGUCAGAAUCAAGCACCUUGCCUGGUAGUGCUGUGAUAGUUAAACAGAUGCAGAAUAGCUUCCCCAUUGGCUCGUGCAUAAGCAGAACAAAUAUUGACAAUGAAGACUUCGUUGAUUUCUUCACAAAGAACUUCAACUGGGCAGUCUUUGGGAACGAGCUCAAGUGGUACUGGACUGAGGCACAGCGAGGGAACUUUAACUAUCGAGAUGCUGAUGAGAUGCUGGACCUGUGCAAGGCCCACAACAUCGAGGCUCGAGGCCACUGCAUCUUCUGGGAGGUUGAGUCCACAGUCCAGUCUUGGGUCCGGUCCCUGAGCAAUGCUGACCUAUUGGUGGCAGUUCAGAACCGAUUAUCAGGUCUCCUGUCCCGCUACAAGGGGAAAUUCAGGCACUAUGAUGUGAACAAUGAGAUGCUGCAUGGGUCGUUCUACCAGGACCGGUUAGGGAAAGAUAUCCAUUCAAAUAUGUUCAAGACCGCUAACCAGUUGGAUCCAUCAGCAACCCUGUUCAUGAACGACUACCACGUCGAGGAUGGAUGUGACCCAAAAUCCUGUCCAGAGAAGUACAUUGAGCAGAUCCUUGAUCUUCAGGAGCAGGGUGCGCCAGUUGGAGGAAUAGGGAUUCAAGGCCAUAGUGACAGCCCAGUGGGGCCCAUCGUCUGCAAUGCCCUUGACAAAUUGGGCAUCCUCGGCCUCCCGAUAUGGUUCACUGAGCUCGACGUGUCCUCGGAGAACGAACACAUAAGGGCAGAUGACUUGGAAGUGAUGCUUCGUGAAGCCUAUGCACAUGCUGCAGUGGAGGGGGUAAUGCUGUGGGGAUUCUGGGAGCUGUUCAUGAGCCGGGAAAACUCUCAUCUGGUCAAUGCAGAAGGUGACAUUAAUGAAGCCGGGAAGAGACUCCUCGAUCUUAAGAAGGAGUGGUUGUCUCAUGCCCAUGGACACAUCGAUGAACAAGGAGAGUUCAAGUUCAGAGGCUAUCACGGGUCCUAUGACAUCCACAUUGUUACAGGCAAGAAGAAGAUAACAAAGAGUAUCCUUGUCGAUAAGGACGACUCACCGCUGGUCAUCUCCAUAGAUCUGUAAUAUUUCUAUUCGAAUUUAUCCAAAGAGAGUUUGCCUUGCAUCUCUCUCUCAUCAUAUACACAUGUUCUAUUCCUUUGUUGUAAAUGUGAAAGAAAAGAAUAAAACUGAUGCAAAUGCUUUACUGGAUAAAAUGUGACGGUAACAUGUCGAAGUAUUUCCUGAAA